UCAUCGUGACGUACGGUGGUCAAGGCCUGUCAACUGUCAUUUCGCAAGUUCUUUAUGCUGUAAGGUUAACUGACAGAAGUAAACAAUUUAGUUGACAAUAUUUAUUCAAGUUUAGAUGUUUAAAGUUUUAUAAAAAAAAACAAUUUUUAUUAAGAAAUAGUUCUUAAGAUGGGUAAUAGAAGCUCUUUACUAUUGAGGGAAGAAGAGAUUGCACAAAUUCAAGAAGAAACUGGUUUUACUCCAAACCAAAUCGAACGUCUGUAUUCGAGGUUCACCAGUCUGGACAGAGGUGACUGCGGGACAUUGAGUCGUGAAGACUUUCUGCGCAUUCCAGAGUUGGCAAUCAAUCCACUGGGGGAUAGGAUUGUACAUGCCUUUUUUGAUGACGAUUCGGGCAGUGACCGCGUCAACUUCAGGCAGUUCAUGCAAGUGCUAGCUAGGUUUCGACCAAUAAAGAAAAUGAAGGAUAAUAAGCUCAAUUCAAGAGAGCAAAAACUGAAGUUUGCCUUUAAAAUGUACGACUUAGACAACGAUGAUAUGAUAUCAAGAGAUGAGCUGUUGGCUAUCCUGCACAUGAUGGUGGGCGCAAACAUCAGUGAGGAGCAGCUUACAUCCAUCGCGGAGAGAACGAUCAACGAGGCAGACAUCAACGGGGACCAGAUGAUCUCUUUCGACGAAUUCUGCAAGGCCCUUGAUAGGACAGAUGUCGAACAGAAAAUGUCAAUUAGGUUUCUUAAUUAACAUCACCAA